AUGUUGCAGAACACCGGUAGAGGACUACUUGCCUUGCUGUUGAUGGUGUUGGAGUGGACCUGCCCAAGCCUUCCAUCCCCGCUGAGGCCCAUCUGCGACCUGAGGGUCCUGAACCAUUUCAUCAAGGAAGCGCAAGACGCCAAAGUCGCCAUGAAGUCAUGCCGGGAUGGAUGCACCCUGUCCCAGUCUGUCAGCGUCCCUCAAACCAGCGUAGACCCUGUGUGGGAGAGCAAAAAUGCCUUGGAGAAAGCCCAGGAAGUGCAAUGUGGCUUGAGGCUUCUGCAGCAAGCCCUCAGCUUGCUGCGUAGCUCGGUCACCAAUGUGGCGCUGCACAGUCACGUUGACAACUUGGUGAGGAGCGUGCCCAGCAUCGACGCCGUGCUACACAGGCUCAACAUUCCGGAAUAUACGCCUCCAGAGGGCUCGGCGGGCCAGGACAGCACAUGGCGGGCGUCCACGGCGGGCGACUUGCUCCAAGUGCACAUCAACUUUUUGCGAGGCAAAGUGCGCCUCCUUCUCACGGACGCGCAGGCCUGUCAGCAAGACGUCAGCUGA